GCGAGGCGCGUGCCGGACGCGUGGUGCAGAUCCUCCGGCGAGCCCCGCGCGGGCCCCCCGGGCGCGUGCGCGGGAGCGGCGCCGAGCGCCAGCAGGGGGCCCGCCCGCGGAGGCCGCGGCGAGGGGCAGUGCCACUGCGCGGAGUCCGUGUGGUCGCGGUGGUGCGGCAGCGGCCGCUGGGAGGGGGCCGUGGACCUCCACGAG